AUGCUGCUCCUGCCGCCGCCCCGUCGCGCGUGGGCCUCCCCGGGGGCGCGCGCGGGCCUCUCCCUCCUGCGCGGGCUCCUGCGAGGGGCUCCGCCGUUUGCAAGGCGCUUCUGCAGGCCGGCCGGCCGGCCCGCGCACGAGCCCUUCCCGCUGGACGGCUUCGUGAGCCGGGACGUGUUGCUCUUCCAGCACGAGCGACCGCGCUUCUUCCGCAACGUGGGGCUCUUUUGCAUCGGCCAGUUCGCCUUCUGGCUCUACCUGGCCGACCUCGCCUUUACGACCCUGCGGGAAGCGCCGGCCGGCCCGGAGGAGACGGGCUCCGCGACCCCCGAGCGACCCCCGGCCCGGCCCUGGCUGGGCAACCUCUUCAACCUGACCUCGGGGAACUUCGGCUCCGCUAAGUGGCGCUACGGCUUCUCCGCCUCCUGCGUGGCCGUCGGCACGCUGAUCCUGGCAGCAGGCUUCUUCUUUGCACGACGGUCGGUUAGCCGGGUCCUCCUGCUCCGCGGCAGUCAGGAGGUGACUUUUACGACCUAUUACCUCUUCGGCUACACUUCGUCCUUCACGGUGCCCCUUCGCCACGUCUGCUGCCGGAACCACCGUUCGGAGGUGGCCGCCAUCAUCCCGGUCAAGAUCAAAGGGAAACCUUUUUAUUUCUUGCUGGACAAGCAAGGAUCGAUCGCCAGCAAUCCACUUUUUGACAUCACCGUGGGGGCCUAUCGCGAAUGGUGAGGUCCGUGUCCAGAGGCC